CACGUGGACGUAGUCCUCAAUUACGACAUACCGACGCACAGCAAGGAUUACAUACACCGCGUGGGCCGCACGGCCAGAGCCGGCAGAUACGGAAAGGCCGUCACGUUUGUCAGCCAAUACGAUGUAGAGCUCUAUCAACGCAUUGAACACCUAAUCGGCAAAAAGCUACCAAUUUUUGAGACACACGAGGAAGAGGUGAUGCUUUUGAACGAAAGGGUUUCCGAAGCGCAACGAUUCGCCAAAUCUGUGAGUUCUGGAAGUGAUUAG